AUGUCCGCGCCAGCUCCAACACCCAACGAGGCCCCGAAAAGAGCUGCCAACCAAGAGAACAGCGGCGGGUCCUCGGGUGGACGAGGCGGACGAAGCUAUUAUCGAAAGAACAACAACAACCAUACCAACAACCAACAACAACAUCCUCGUCAACAAACUCGUGGAGACAAUCAGACAAGAGAUGUGGAUCAUCGAGAAAGACGGCCGCAACGACAACAAGGAUCCGGAGAAGUCGACAUGAGGAAAUAUUACAGGAUGAUCGCUGAUGCACAGAACAACUUUGCGGACAUCGUUCAGACGGAGGGUGUCAAAGAGGAUUGCACGAUUUGUUGCAAGCCAAACGAUUUGUUUGGUAUCGGUCAAUGUCGUCAUCCACUUUGCAUCGAAUGUUCUAUUCGUUUACGAAUCAUUUGUGGUCAGUCAGCUUGCCCUGUUUGUCGAGCAGAGAUUGACAUAAUGUGCUUUUUCUUUGCUAAAGCUGGCUUAUCAACGGUAGACUUGAAUUUGCCAACAUCUGAGCAUCCUGACGAGGAACGUUAUAAAAUACGCUUUCAAAAUGGUUCUGCCGGUGAACGUUAUGAAAAGUAUCUUGCACAUGUUUGCAAAGUAUGCAAAGUAGAAGAAGGUGAACGAAAAGAAUUCCCAACUUUUGUCUCCCUUCGUCAGCACAUGUCUCAAGUGCAUCAACUCAGUUUUUGCCACAUUUGCACGGACAACAUCAAUUUGCUUUCAAGAGAGCGGAAAACUUAUACAAGAGAACAAUUACAGCGGCAUAUCAAAAAUGGUGACCCAGAAGAUAAAAGUCAAAAAGGUCAUCCUUCGUGUCUUUUCUGCGAACAACGAUUUUUUGAUGAGGAGGCGAGAUAUCGCCAUCUUCGAAAAGAUCACUUCUUUUGUCAAUUCUGCGAGGCGGAAGGUGUUGCGAUGAAUAUUUUCUAUGGGAGGCAUUCUGAUCUAACUGAUCAUUAUUCCAAGGAGCACUUGGUUUGUGAUGUGCUGGAAUGUAAAAACGCUGGCAUCGCCUUCUCAAAUCAAAUGGAUCUGAAACUACAUAUGUCAAAAGAGCAUGGAAAUGGUAGACAAGGCUUGGCAAUCGAUUUUCCGAUGGCCGGUCGACAACUCGGAGGACGAGGACGGGGAAGAGGGGGGCAAAUGAAUAGAGAAGCGGAAGAAAGGUACACUCCUCGAUUUCGAGCCAAUCUUCCACCGCCAACUCGCGGAGUCAUCGUUGUGCCAGCUGAGCCGGUGCAAAAAACACAAAGUGAUCCAUCAGAAUUCGUAAUGGUUCCCUCUGCACAACAUCGAGGCCCAAUUCGGUUUCACGCUCGACCCGCCUACGAUACUUCGGCGAAUCGAGAGCAAUUCCCAUCACUUCCUGGUGCUUCGACAAGUGCAGGUCCACCACGAGGCAGCUACCCGUUUGCUCCCAAAACACAGCAGGCCACUUCUCAAAAGGGAGCAACUACCCAAGCUGAAGCCUUCCCGUCGCUUGGCCGAGGAAGCGUGCCUGUAAAGGCACCGAAUGCACAAUGGGCUCGACAUACGGGCCAAUUUGAAAUCAUUGAUCAGGAUGUCCCGAGAGCGAGACCACCUGCACCAUCAGGCGGCCCACCAUCCACCGGUUCACAACAACAAACCAAAGCUCGAAAAGUGGCGCGACCGGUUGAAGAUUUCCCGGGACUUCCAUCAAAUUCGACAACUCACGAAGAAAGUGGAGCCAAGGGAAAGAAUUGGGCUAGCAAGGUAGCGACAAGUCAAAGCUCUUCGGGUGGUUUAAUCAUCCAUGCUCAACCAUCUCAACAAAAGAAAAAGAAACCAAAGAAUAAGAAACGCCAAGAAGCCAACGAACCGCAUGAGUAUAUUGAGCCACCUGAACCAGAAUGGGAGGAAGUGCCGACAAAGCCGAAACCGAUGAAAAUGAAAAAGGGAAAGAAUGAAAAGAAUCAAAUCAUUGACGUUGUUGUACCGACAGGAUUUUCGACAUUGAAUCGACGUUUGAGCUCAAAUGAGGAAGAGGAGAGUGGAAGUGACGAGGAACUUAAGACAACCGAUGGCCUAAAGUCAAUGUCCGAAGUUAGCCGACUUGUUAAUAACAAUGAAGUGAAAGAUUCAUUACCCAAUGAACAGAAGAAGCCAAAAGCGGGGGCUAAAACAGUAAUACAGGCAAAAGAUGGAAAACCAUCGACGAAGACAUCAACAAUUGAAGCGGCGACACCACAAGAGCCAGCUACUACAGGACUUUUUGGGAUGUUCUCGAUUUCUGGUGUAUUGUCCAAUUUGGCUUCUGGCUUUUCGAAGACUACAACUGCUCCAGAACCACCGCCCGGUCUUGCCCCAUCAACAAAAGAGAUGCUUUCUACAACUCCUGUAACAACGGCUUCAAAUGGGCUCUCAUUUGGUCCACCACCGGGUUUUGAAAGUGUUGUGCCCAAAUCGUCUCAAGAUGCUCAAAUUUUGACAACCGGCAUUGGUUUAUUGAUCCGUGUGGCCGAGUCGGUGUACGGGGAGAUCCAGGGCCAGACAACUUACAGUAUGAAAUACUGUACAAUACUUGGAGCCGUGCAUCUCUUUGGAUAUCACAUGAAUCAGAUGGCGAUCGCGGUCAUCGCAUUUGAUCGUCUUUACGGGAUUGUCUCGCCAAUUGGAUAUAAGAAUCGGGACCCAAAACCUUAUGUGAUCAAAAGCUUCUUCUUGGUGUUAAUCCCGGCGAUUGUUGGGAUUGGGAUCAGACUGAGAGAAGUCCAAUACGAAGAGGGAGACACGGAGGUGUGCAAUUUGAGUACAACAAAAACCGACGGGAUUUUCGCUGUGUACUGGUGGUCUCCUUUCUUCCUCGGUAACUCGAUUCUGAUCUUCGUAUUUUAUGGAGUAACGAUCUAUCUUGUGAGAAAAGGUUUCCACAAAGAGGGUUCAGAGAGGGAAUUCUCGAGGCAAAGAAAGGUCUUUUUCACGAUCUCGCUGGUUCUGUUGACGUACAUUUGCUGUACGAUGAUGCCCGCGAUUUUCGUGUCGAUUGGCGUUUUUGCAAAGGCGGACCCAAGUUGGUUCUCUGCAGUGUGCAUCUAUGGGGGAUUAGUCUCUGGCUUCAACUCGGCUUCGAACAUUCUGAUUUAUGGAUGGAAAUACGAGGAGUUGAGAACUUACAUGAUACAGGUGAUCACUUGUCGUCAAUCAUCAACGCUGAAACGGGACAACAGCUCGUACAAUGUGCUGAGGAAAAACUCGAGAAGAGACGUCCUUUUG